AUCUGAUUAGUAUCUUAGGGAUUAGUAUCUAGGAUCACCGCGGUUGGACGUUCUUAUAAAAAAGGUUCUCGUAAAAAAAAGAGUGUAUUGAACUCGUCUUAGGCGAAUAAUUUUUAUCAUAUAUAAAAUAUGCUUACAAAACACUAGGCAUUCUCUAUGCUUGAAUACGUUUGUUAAGCAUGACAGCAAUGUGCAUAUUUAUCUCCACAUCACGCCAUAGACCGAGGAUCAAAAUAGGCCCUCGAAAACCCUACUGAUGCCGUAAGGGAAUGUGACCUGUUAACUACUUCACAACCGAAAGAUCAAGACUUAAGGCAAUAACUGCAGAAAGAAAAUCCCGUGGAAAAAACGAGGGGUUCGUUGUUGAUCACUGUCUCUCGUCGAGCUGUUGUUAAUAAAAGCGUGACGACUUCUCACCUACAGCGAUGGCACUAGAUCUCGGCAAAGAGACAAACCCAAGGCUGCGUGCCAACGCCUUUCAGUGGAUAUUAUUCAGCUGGAUGAACGGUAUUCUGUACAAAGGAUUCAAGAGAAAUUUGACAGCUGAAGAUCUCUAUGAAUUACCACAGGAAGACCAAACAACAUAUAACGUGAAAAUUCUUGAACAGGAAUGGAUCGAGGAAAUUCGAACCGCGCAUAGAUUGGGGAAUUACCCACGGCUGUACAAAUCCGUAUUAAGGGCCCUCCCAGGGAAGGUGAUUUGCAAGGUGUUAACUUUCCAAUUCUUAAGAGGGCUUAGCACUUUAAGUUACACGGUGCUGCUGUGGUUUUUUCUUAGAGAGUUAGGCCUGGGUAAAAGCCAGCUCGCACUGUCGCUGAUGGUUGUCGGGUUCACUGUGGUGAGCAUCUCACUGGCGAUUUCUAGAAACCAGAUGGAGCUGUUUGGCUUAUACGCUGGAAUGAGACUUAAGGUCGCUCUCAUCGGAUUAAUCUACAAAAAAAUCCUUAAUUCUUCCCGGUGCAGUCUCUCGACCGUUCGUACGGGUCACGUGAUCAAUCUGAUUUCCAAUGAUGCCAAACGAAUCGAGCUUUUCAUCACAAAUUUAUGCUUGGCAAUGUUAGGGCCAGUCAGUAUCUUAGUCUGCAUUGUGAUGCUGUGCUUGUUCGUUGGCUGGCAGUCGCUCUCUGGUGCUCUCUUCCUGUUUAUCAUUAUGCUUUAUGGUCAGUUGGCCGCCAAGAGAUUCGCAAAGCUUCGCGGGAAGGCAGCUGCAGUCACUGAUAAGAGACUUGGUGCUAUGAGCGAAGUGAUUUAUGGGAUACGUGCAGUGAAGAUGUAUGCGUGGGAGUGGAACUAUAGUGAUGAGGUCAAGGGGUUAAGGAGGAAGGAAAUGCAAAUCAUUCGGCUAAAGAAUCUUAUUUUGUCCACUUUCGUGGCACUGUACUCAGUCAGCGCAUCGAUCGCAGCACUUAUCUCCAUUAUUACUCUGAUUUUCUCCGGUAUUCAUCUUGACUCAGCUCGCAUCUUCACCUUGAUAAACCUCCUGAAAACCCUGGAGUUUGCCAUAGUCGUGCAUUUAGGAGCAUGCCUUGGAACAGUACUGGAUGCGUUUGUGUCCAUCAGGCGUAUUGAGCAGUUUCUUCUAGGUACGAGCAGCGAGAUCAAUCGAAUCUCGUGUGAGGGGGAGACCACAAUACUGAGUAAAACUUUGACCAAAAGAUGGAUUCGUCGGUUGAAAUCUUUUCGAGGAUUAACUAAAGUACUAAGAGUGGAAAGCUUUAGACAUAAUAGACCUAUAUUGUACUCCGUGGAGAGUAUUACGCGAUGUACUGCUGACCGUUCAGGUGAUGACACGCAUAAUCUCACGGUGAAGGGCGUAGCUGCAGGCUGGCAGGAUGACUCAUGUACGUUGCAGGGGGUCUCGUUUGCUGCCGGUGCAGGCGAUCUGGUCAUCAUCACUGGGCCUGUUGGUAGUGGUAAGAGCACGCUGUUGAUGACCAUUCAGGGGGAGUUACCGCUUAAUGCUGGAUCAAUAAGAAGACACGGUCACUUGGCAUAUGUAAGUCAAGUGCCCUGGGUCUUCUCGGGAACAGUACGCGAGAAUAUUACCUUUGGCAAGGAAUACGAUAAGGCCGCGUAUGAGAAAGCAAUUAAAGUGUGCGACCUGGCUAAAGACAUAAAUCGAUUCCCAAAAGGUGACUUGAGUUGUAUUGGACAACGCGGUGUUAGUCUGAGUGGUGGUCAGCGUGCACGUGUCAGUCUAGCACGCGCGGUGUACGCGGACGCUGAUAUCUACUUGUUGGAUGACCCUCUCAGCGCUGUUGAUGCCAAAGUCGGUAGUCAUCUCUUUAAAGAGUGCAUCUGCGGCGCCUUAACCAACAAGGUUCGGAUAUUAGUCACUCAUCAGCUGCAGUAUCUCAAACAUGCAGAUAGCAUCAUCGUCUUGAGCGAUGGGAAGAUCGCUCAGAAGGGAACGUUCCAGGACAUAGAUGUUUCCCAUAUAGGUAUAGAUGUCUCCAAAGACUCUGUCAUCGUUAGUGCGGCACCUGUUGAAGGCCAGCAAGGUAAUCAUAAUCUCAUCGAUGGGGUCCCUGCGGUAGAUAUGGCAGAUGAGGAGGAGGACCAAGCUGUUGGAAGUGUGAAGUUAAGCCUCUACUGGAAGUACUUUCGAGCAGGAUUACCCGCAGUUGUUCUUUUUCUCAUAUUUAUCUUCUGCAUCAUUACUGAAGCUUCCAUCCUAGCUCCAACGUGGUGGCUAUCCUAUCUGUCCGAAAUGACUCCGGAAAAACAGGCGUCCGGUUCAGUGCUCGGUGUUUACGCUGGCUUAGUCGGGCUUUCUUUACUCACCGCUACCGGAAUGGCCUCCCUACUGCUCAUCGCAGCUUUACGUUCAUCUGAAAAUCUUCACAACGCCAUGACCACCACGAUCCUCAAAUCCCCUAUCUUGUUUUUUGAUACAAAUCCUUCUGGACGAAUCAUGAAUCGCUUCUCAAAGGACAUCGGGACAAUGGAUGAUCACAUUCCUUUAAAGUUUUCAUGGACUGUGACUUUGCUGUUUCACUUCAUGGGAGGUUUGCUCUUUAGCGCUAUCGUCGAGUACCGUCUCGUCCUCUCGGCUAUUCCUGUGUUUGUUGCUUUUCUUCUCAUCUGCUGGUUCUAUCUGCGAUCGAGUCGAGAGCUCCAGAGACUAGAAGCAGUGCGCUGUAGUCCCGUGUACUCGCAUUUCACUGAUACCUUAAAUGGCCUGGAGGUAAUUAGGUCUUCUCGCAUGGAGAAAGGCUUUUGGGAGCAGCUAAUCAGACACCAAGACGAGCAGUCAAUGGCUCUCUCACUAGUGAUCUCUGCGAGGAGUUGGAUGAACAACAACCUCGAUCUCGUGUCCUUCUUAUUCGUCUCGGCGGUGGCGGCAACGGCCGCCAUCACACAGCAAGAUCCUGCUUCAACGGGCAUGCUUCUCUCCCUAGCAAUAGCAAUGGCCCAAGGAACUUCGUAUGGCGUCGAGAAAGCUUCCGAGGUAGAAAAUGAGAUGACGUCGGUCGAGCGGGUCAUCAGCUACACUCGUCUUCCCUCGGAACCUGGCUACAGCAGACAGACCCUACCGUGCGAGGACUGGCCCGAGAGAGGUGCGGUCACCUUCCGUGACAUGUCUCUCGUGUAUCGCGAGGGAACGCCGAGUGCGCUUGAUGACAUCACGCUGGAAAUCACUGCCAAGCAAAGAGUUGGUAUUGCUGGUCGUACAGGCGCCGGUAAAUCUUCCCUAUUGGCAGCUCUGUUCCGUAUGCCGGAGCCUGGUGGCGAGGUCCUCAUUGAUGGCGUUGAUCUCGGUACCAUUGAUAUUCAGGCCGCAAGAAGGGCCAUGGCCGUCAUUACCCAAGACCCCGUGCUAUUUGGAGGAACACUAAGAAGAAAUUUAGACCCAUUUGGUAAAUUCACUGAUCAGGAAAUCUGGGCGGCGCUAGAGAGCGUGCAGCUGCUGAACACAGUGCGGGCUCUACCUGAUCAGCUGAUGUACCAGCUGGGGGAGUCUGGGUCUACCUUCAGUGUCGGUGAGAGGCAGUUGCUGUGCCUUGCCCGUGCGCUGCUCAAGAGAUGUAAGGUGCUUGUGCUGGACGAGGCCACGGCUAACGUGGACUAUAGGACAGACAGACAAGUGCAGCAGUUGAUACGGAGCAGGUUCACGGGGUGCACGGUGCUGACUAUUGCUCACAGGCUCAACACCAUCAUGGACUAUGAUAAAGUAAUCGUCUUGGACAAGGGUCACGUGGUUGAGUACGACACGCCCGAGAUGCUUGCUGGGAAACAAGAUGGCGUUUUUGCUGGACUUUUAAAAAACUCUCAUUUUCAUUUGAUAAGUUCGUAGUAGAUGACAUAGAUCAAAGGAAAGUUUUGUGGUUGAACCGCCACAUUUUGCACUUUUCAAGGCACGAUAUAUUCAUUAGACAUGAGCUUUUAUAAAUAAAAACACUAGUUUUGUUCCCGAGAAUCUCGAUAUAAGAGACAGUGUCAUUUGUAAAGGAAACAUUUCUUGCACGACAGCCAAAUUGUAAAACCAGUUACUAUCAAGACAUUAAAAGAUCAUUUUCUAAUGCU